GGGGCUCGAGGUCCGGCUAAUGGCGGCGGCCGGCUCUUCAGAGGAGAAACCGCCGCUUCGCCGCGAAGGGAGGGAGGAAGGAAGAAGGAAGGGAGGGCAGGCCCUGCCCGGCGCGGCGCAGCCGCCCCCGCGGACAGUCAGCGGCCCCUGGCCCGCCUUUGUCUCCGGCCUCGGAGGGGGAGCGAGCCUGGGCCUCGCGGCCCAGUCGAGGCCGGCCCUGCCCCGCCCCCGGGGUCGGGUUUCCCUGGCGGUCCGGGGCCUUUCCUUGGCGCCUGGCACCCGAAUGGGCCUGGGGCUGGAGUUGGGGAGGGGGCCUGGCCCCGAGAGCUCCGGCGGCCCCGAGCGAAGUGGGACAGAGAAAGGCUUUCCUUCGGCCCGGACGCCUAGGGAGGCGGGCCUCGGCGGAGGGGGAGGUGCCGGCCGGCCUCUGCUUGGCUCCCUCGUGCGGGGCUUUGUUGUGAUGGGGCCGGUGUUUGCGGCCAACAUGGCGGAGAUGCAGAAAUUCAAGGUGUACAUGAUACUUCCUUGCUCUUGCUGAACUCAUAAGAUUACAUUCAUGUAAUUG